ACUGUUGUAGUAGUGGUAGGUAGCAAGUAUAGGUAGUGUAAAGUGUAAAUAAAUUACAAAUUACAGUAGUUUUAUAAGUAUUUAUAACAUAAAUGCACGCGUAUUACGUACGUGGUCUUUUAAAAUUAAAUAUACAUACGGCUAAUAUUAUAUGUUAGCACAAAAAUUAAAUUUUCAUCAGAAACACAAAAAUGUCAUGAUUGUUUAUUAUAAUGGGAUCAAUUGGUAUUUAAAAUAAAUAUUUAAAAGAUAAGUACCAAUAGAGAAUAAAUAAGAUAAACUGUGAAAUAACAUUAUGGCAAAUUCAGUAAAUAUAUCUAUAGAAGCACCUAUUGAAAAUCAAAUACAGGAAAUAACUUAUGAUGGACAAGAAAUUUAUCAAGCACCUCUGUCUAUGUCAGAAAACCUUUCUCGGUUGGCUCAGAAGAUUGAUUUUGCUAAGACUGAUGAUGACUUUACUUGUAAUAUAAAGAAAGAAGUAGAUACCGGAUCAGAUGUUAAGUCUGAAGAAGACAAGGAACCUGGUUAUCAAUCUAGUUUGUGGCCUUGGGAUUCAGUCAGAAACAAACUUAGAAAUGCACUUACUGAAGUGUGUGUGCUUGCUGAUGUCUUGAGUAUUGCUAAAGAGAAAAGAUACAUGGUAUUAGAUCCAAUCCAAGCUGAUCAAAUUGAGAGCCGUCCAAUGGUGCAGGUGUAUGGUAGAAAAAAAGCUUUGUCAGCAGCUGGUGCAGUGCUUCUGCAUGGAGUAGAACGCCUGAGAGCUAGUGAAACUAUGAGAAUGACUCGAAAUAUGCCUGACUUUCACAUAGAUUUGCUAAGACUACGGCAAAAUUGGAGGCUAAAGAAAGUAUCCAAUACUAUUGUUGGCGAUUUGAGCUACAGAACAGCUGGCUCAAAGUUCAGUCAAACUGGAGUUUUUGAGGUUACAAAAGCCCCUGAGGAACAGAUAGUGCAGGCGAUGAGUAUGAAUGCAUCAGGGCCUGCACCUUCUGCAUUAAGAGUCACGGUGCCACCAGAAUUGCAAGGAGUUGCAUUUAUAUCAGUGUUGUGCCAAAAAGAGCAAGAAGAUGUUGUGACUGCCACAAUAAGCUCUUCAGCCUUAAACUGUCCGGGAACGCUGCCAGGAGACGGGGCUGACUUGCAUUGGCAACAGAAACUUGAAGCCGCUCAGAAUGUUCUGUUUUGUAAGGAGCUGUUCGCAAGGCUCGCUGCUGAAGCUGUUCAACUCGAUGCUUCCAUACCACACAUGGUUGUCGGCAAUCAGAUAAUGGCUACGGUGCUGCCGGGGAUACAAUUGCUGAUAGGACUUUGUCACAAUAACAGACUCAAUAAUAGCGCCAAUGGUGAAAAUGUUAAGAGCGAAAGCGCAUCGAACAGUAAAUCAGAUCACGACCAUGUCCUGGAACAUUCCCUGCACCAGCUCCUGCGGGCUGUCCAUCACGCCAACACACAUCACCCCUUCCCGCACCCAGCCACCGGACCCCUUGGACCUUCCAAGCGACGCUCACUUGCAGGUCCGAUGGCAGCGGACAGAUACGAGCUGUUAGAUAUGAGCAAAGAGCAGUCGCUGCUAGAACAGAUCAUUCAGCAAGCUCAACACUUCUUUAUGAGACGGCGCAGUGAAUACGUCCUCGAUACUAUCGCUAAGGAGGUGAAGGAUCCCCUGAUAGUGUCCCACUGGAACGCGCUCAACAGUCCCACACAGUCCUGUGUCAAGAUCAACAUUAUGGCUCAUGGGUACGACGCGGUGUGCCGAACGUCGCUGGUGGUGCAGGUGGGAGAGAAGACCCUCAAGUGUAUCUGUCGCGACGGCAGAGUGCGCCACCUCUCCUACGAGCUUCAAGAACUGAGAGAUCUCAUAUACUGUCAGAUAUACCAGCACCAAAUGACAGCAGUGCAAGCUGUUGGUCGCUGUAUGGGCUGGCAGCUGCUGGCCAGCAGUUCACAUCUUGGCUCAGGCCCUGUUGAACCACUCGGAAAUGCUUCCUCCUGUCUUCUUGCUUCACAUAAUGGUGAUAGAAUGAUAGCAAUUAGAUGUGAACCAUCAGUUGGUAUUCAAGUAUUUAUUGCUCAAUCUCCAAAGAAAGACUUCUUUGUCAGCGAGUUAGUACAAGAUAAAAAAUGGGAGAAUUUAGGUGGAGCAUUCAAAGAAGUUAAACUUGAUAAAAUGGAAGGAAGGAACUUUCUCAAUAAAAUGGAACUGCUAAUGGCCUGCCUGAGUAGUCCUUCUUGAAUUUACACUUAAAAUGAUAUUAAAUUAAAACAUUGUGAUUGGAAUAA